AUCACAGUCGUUCCAUUCUCGAUUCAGUUUUCGUUCAAAGUCGAAAUCAGUUGGGUCUGAUGCGUAGACGCGGCGUAUACGUGAUGCUGACGCUGUGCGGUGUGCUGACCGCUGCUCUAACCACAUUUCUUGUGAUUUCCCUCACCGGCGGCCAGGGUGCAGAUGCAUCCGAUGCACAAACGGUGACAGUGCAACUAUCCAAUGGCCAGGGGGAAGUUCUUGGGAACUAUGGAUCCACAGCUUGGACGGACCAAACUUUUAUGCAGUUUCGUGGCAUUCCCUUUGCCGAGCCACCAACGGAGGAGAUGCGCUUUCAGCCACCUGUGGCGCGAAUACCAUGGACUGGCACCCUCAACGCACUGAACUUUGGACAACGCUGCCCAGUGAUAACAAAUCUGGAUGUACUGUUGUCUGAUGCUGAACUCGAAGAUUGCCUCAAUCUGUCGGUAUACACUAAGAACCUUUCUGCCAGCCAGCCGGUAAUGGUCUACAUAUAUGGCGGAGGCUUCUACAAUGGCUCCGCAGAGGAUCACCCCCCGAACUAUAUCCUUGAGAAGGACGUGGUCCUAGUUGUGCCUCAGUACCGGGUGGGAGCCCUCGGAUGGUUGUCGACAUACACGGAGGAGCUUCCCGGAAAUGCCCCCAUUGCGGAUAUCCUAAUGGCACUCGAAUGGGUGCAACUACAUAUUAAUCGCUUCGGUGGUGACCCCCAGACGGUGACUAUUUUUGGUCAGAGUGCCGGAGCUGGAGUGGCCAGUUCUUUGCUACUGAGUCCCAGAACUGGCGACCAUCUGUUCAAGCGAGCCAUUGUGCAGUCAGGUUCGAUACUCGCAAGCUGGGCUAUUAACAAGGACCCAAGGGGGCAGUCGCGGCGAAUUUGCGACCGGCUGGGGUGUUCCAGCUGCGAGCAGCAGGAGCAGCUCGUUAAGUGCUUACAAAAAGCAAAGGUUCAAGAUAUUUUGAUAGCCACGACAUCGGAAUCUUUUUCGCCUAUUGUAGGAGAUUUACAGGGCAUCCUGCCUCAACAACCAAGCGAGUUGCUAAAAAACUAUCGCAGACAGAUUCCGCUGCUGACAGGAUUUACUCAACACGAUGGUUCCUUCGUCCUAGCGAGCUAUUAUGACGCUCUGGCCGCUAAGGUAUCAAAUGUAAGUUUGUUGAGCGUGCGUCAGUUUUCCCAGGGAAUCAAUGACAUGGUUAAUGAUACAUCGGGAUUAACAGACAACAUUUUGAAUCGGAUGCUCUUCAAGCCUUACAUGCUCAACAGCAAUGAUCACAAUUCUGCGGUUCCCUCAUACUUCGAUCUGACUUCGUCAAUAUUUAUGAAAUCUCCAGUAAUUACCCUAGCCACCAGGAUAUACACCCUACAGCCCUCCACUCCAGUCUAUGUCUAUAGUUUCGACUACGAGGGCCAAUACACUCGAUUUGGCUAUGAAUUCGGGAACUCACACUAUCCAUUCAAUGGAGGAGUUCAUCACUCAAACGACAACAUCUACCUUUUCUCCACCCACCCCCUGGAGGGACAAGACAUUCAGAUGUCACAAAAAAUGGUGGAAACGUGGACGUCGUUUGCCAUCGAUGGUACUCCCAACGAUCUCAGUCCGCUGACCAGUGCAAGUGGGCCGUAUAAUCAACUCAAUUUGGAGAUAACUAAAGGUGAGGAUUUAUUGGAAACUCUGACGGCAGCAAUUGAUGAUCCUGACAAUGGGCGACUUCAGCGAGAAGAUAUGGAGUUUUAAUAGUGUGGCACUCGAUAAUGUAAAUAAUGUAACUAUUUUUUAUUUAAUAAUUAACGAGUACGGGAAAACUUGAAA